UUCUAACAGUAGUAAUGUGCACUCUCCCUUUGCUUUUAUUGAAUAUUGAAAAUUACAGGUAAAUACACAAACAUCUUACAAUCAAAUAACAAACCAUACGCAACAUAAAUCGUGUAGGAAACUAGGAAUAAUAUUGGAUCUACUUGAUUGGCUUCACAUGAUUUAGCCAUCGGAUCCUAAAUGGUCUCUCAACAAUAAUAAAGGAAACAAUUGAAGGAAAACAUUCACAAAUACGAACAGGUAGCAUAGAUAGCAUAAAGAUAAAGGAGAGAACGGACACACAUGUGACAUCUGUAUCAAAAACGGAUGGCACAAAGGACGAGCCGUAGCCCGUAAGGCGGUAGUUACUACCUCCGGUUGAAAUUAACAACACCAUCCGUUUCAAUUUUGCCGCCGCUUCAAGCCUUUUUAGCCUUGCCGAUUAAGCCCAGGGAGGACAAUGCCAACAUCGUCACCACCGGUCGAACAAGCAGCUCCGGUCUUGCCGAAUACGUCCCAUGGAAUCAGGCUGCCGUCACCUCCAGUCGAACCAAUAGCUCCAGCGUUGCCGACUAGCUCCAGCCUUGCUGACAUGGAUGAUGUGAUCUGUGGUCGAACGAGUUGCCCCAGCCUUGCCAAAGACGUCCCAUGGAAUCAGGCUGCCAUCACCUCCGGUCGAACCAGCAGCUCCAGCCUUGCCGAUGAUGUGAUCUGUGGUCGAACGAGUAGCUCCGGCCUUGCCGAAUACGUCCCAUGGAAUCAGGCUGCCGUCACCUUCGGUCGAACCAGCAGCUCUAGCGUUGCCGACGUGAAUGAUGUGAUCUGUGGUCGAACGAGUAGCUCCGGUGGCCUUACCGAAUACGUCCCAUGGAAUCAGGCUGCCGUCACCUUUGGUCGAACCAACAGCUCCAGCCUUGCCGACAUGAAUGAUGUGAUUUGUGGUCGGACAAGUAGCUUUGGCCUUGCUGAAUACGUCCCAUGGAAUCAGACUGCCGUCACCUCCGGUCGAACCCGCAGCUCCAGCCUUGUCGAAGGCUGCCGUCAUCUCCGGUCGAACCACCAGCUCCGGUCUUGCCGAAUAUUUCCCAUGCAAACAGGCUGCCGUCAUCUCCGGUCGAACCAGCAGCUCCAGCGUUGCCGACGUGGAUGAUGUGAUCUGUGGUCGAACGAGUAGCUCCAGCCGCCUUGCUGAAUACGUCCCAUGGAAUCAGACUGCCGUCACCUCCGGUCGAACCAGCAGCUCCAGCCUUGCCGACGGUUCGUCCUCCGAAAUGGAUGCUGCGAUCUGUGGUCGAACCGGUUAUUGCUCCAGCCUUCUUGAUCGUCAUCGCCAUGGUUUGAGACGACGGUACGAAUCUAGCUGCGGCGGAUGGAGGAGAUGAGUGCAGUAAUGCGCCAGCAGCAGCAGCAGCACCGUUGGUGCUCAUCGCAGCACUACAGAUCGUCAAAGUGGAGGCAGCCAUACCUUAAUUAUUAGAACUCACUCACUUGAAUAAGAGAUGAUAUUCGAAAUCG